AUGCCGCCACUUCCGCGGGAUGAAAAGAGUAUGACCCAAGAUCAUCACAUCGAAAUUAAAAACGGAAAGGAAGUUUGUAGACGCUAUCGUCGUUGGAAUAAAGGAGAGAGGGGAUCUGCUUCAGAAACCGAUAAUGACCCCACAGAAAUUUUGCCACCGGGAAAAGUCAGAGGAACUAUGGAUGAAAGUCAAGAUGUUUAUUCUCAAGAUAAGGAUGGUGAAGAUGAACGUGAAGAUAAUCGUGAAGAUGAUCGUGAAGGUAUACAUGAUGAAGAACAUGAGGGUUUUCAAGAAGAUGAUUAUGAAGAUGAAAAUGAAGAUGAAAAUGAAGAUGAUAGUGACGGAAAAUUUGAUGAGUUCAAUUACGGUUACGGUUUAUUCCGGGUUCAGUGGUUCGGUUUAGCUCGGUUCGAAAACGUCAAUCAAGAGUUUAUUGAAGAGCUCACAUCUUCAACCGAACUGUGCCAAAUUCGUGUUGAUCGGAUAUCAGCUUCCGGCAAAAAAAUUUGCUCAGGAUCUGCUUUGAGAUCAAAAAUCGAUUUGGAUUUUUUAGACAAUUCGCCUUCUAAAAAGAGCAGAGGACCUAUGGGACAAAGUCAAGAUGAGGAUUUUCAAGUUAAAGAAAAUGACGAUGAUGUUCAAGAUAAUUACGAUUAUGAAGAUAUGCUGAAAUGA